CCCACCCAUAACCCACCAUGUCCUGUAAGUGCAGCCAACAGUGCGAUAUUGACGUUAUGUCCGACCCGUUGGUCCUCUCGGCAGACCCUUCCCACCCAGCAAACUUGAUUCCCGAGCUUUGCACCGUGUUCUACAACAACGGCUGGGUAACCGGUACCGGUGGAGGUAUCUCUAUCAGGAACGCCGAGGGCGACAAGGUUUAUAUUGCGCCGAGCGGGGUGCAAAAGGAAAGAAUGGUACCGGAAAACAUGUUCGUGAUGGACUAUGCCAGCGAAGAGUACUUGAGAGUGCCCCAAAUUACCAAGAAGCCGUCUGCGUGCACGCCGUUGUUCAUGUCUGCCUUCAAGAUGAGAGGGGCCGGCGCUUGUAUCCAUACCCACUCUCAGAGUGCAGUAAUGUGCACGCUCCUCUUUGGUGAUGAGUUCCGUAUUUCAAACAUUGAGCAGAUUAAGGCCUUGCCAAAGAUUACCGAGGCCGGUAACUUGGGAUUUUUUGACGAGUUAGUGAUCCCGAUCAUCGAAAACACCGCCCAUGAGGAGGACUUGGCGGACAGUUUGCAAGAGGCCAUUAGAAACUACCCGGGUGCUACCGCAGUGUUGGUCAGACGCCACGGGAUCUACGUGUGGGGCGAGACUGUGUGGAAGGCGAAGGUGUACAACGAAGCGAUUGACUAUCUUUUGGAGUUGGCGGUUAAGAUGAGACAGGCAGGUAUUCCGACUACGUGCGGGGUGGGUGAAGAGAAGAAGUACUUGAAAUACUAGCAAGCGUAAUGGUUAAGGGUAUACUCAGUGAUACUUAUAUAGAUAUAGUUAAUGGUAUUAUUCUAUAGAGUGAAUGGGCGAUGUCUCUAUAUAGAUUGUAAGUUGAAUGGCUAUAUUCAUCGGUGAAGUAAAUUGUGUGUCUGAGUCAAGGGAUGCGUAGAGCUCAGGGUAUGGCAUAUCCAUAUCUAGGUACAUUGAAGGAUAUUUCACCUUUCAUAUGGGUAAGUUGGAUUCUGAUGGAUUAUACCCAUAGCUGUAUAAUCCAAGAUAUUUCUUACAGGGGUUUUUGGUGAACAGGUACUUUCAUCAAAGCGACAGGUAAUAUGAACAGUGUUUCAUGCUAGUAUACAGGUAAUGUAGCGGUUAUAAUGGAUUUUUGGUGCUUUUUAGUGCUUCCCCGCG